GAGAGAGAGAGAGACCACGAAGAAGGUGGUGCGACGGUGACAUAUCUGAUCCUCCGCUGUUCUUCCUCCGUGCUGCAGUUUCCUGCAACACUGCCACUUCACAGCACUCUGCAUCAACAGCCAGACCACCAGAGACCGAAACAACCGCGUGGUCUCCUCCAUACAGCACCAGCAGGCGUCCUUGGACUGCAGGCUUAAACGGAUUGAGGAAUAAAGUGCGGAGGGAUAACAGCCCUGGCUAGCACGCUCUAACACAAGCUCAGAUGUUUCGUGUACAGCGACCUUCCGUUGCUAUAUUUUCAUGUGCGUAUAAAAGUGGGAUAAUCUGAUGAAUCCACGGAGAGCAAUACCGAUCUGGAGUUGAGUCUAUGUCGACUGUAGUUUAAACUAUUGGCAGUAAACAAUGUACCUGAAUGAACUGUAUGCGGAGAGAACACGUUUGCGCAGUGUGGACCAGCGACAGUGCAGUGAUACAGUAUAAUCUGCAAUAAUGUGAGAGGUCUCCUGUGUCCGGCAUUGCUGUGUCAGCAUAAGUGACGCUGUUAAAGUGCGUUCAGUUCUGGGAGAACAAGUUUGGUACUUUGUGAGGUUGAUGUGGGCAUCUGUGUGAGGCACAUAGCGGCACAGUUAUUCUAGAUGAUCUUGUAAGCUGCACAUUCUGGUUGGCUCUUCCUUUCCUCACAUCUUGUGGCAAGAACGGACUUUUCAGGCAAUGGCUCGACUGCGCAGGAGAGCUUGUGUGGCUCUUUUCCUCUUCACGCUCUUCGUGCUCGCCACUCUGAUGGGUUUAAGGACUCUGAAGCCCACUGACGGGUUCUCGGCUCUGGCUCCAGGCGCAGACGUGAUGCCAGUGAUUGGGGAGAAAGUUGACCGGCGCUCCGUGUCCAGCGACGUCCAGCCCUCACCUGCCCAGGCACGCAACCCCAAGCUAGUGGCCUCAAACUCUAGUCCGGACAAAGGCAUGUCCUACGAUGUCCACAUAUUUUACUACAUGUGGUACGGAAACCCGCAGAUGGACGAGAGAUAUUUGCAUUGGGACCACAUCCUGGUGCCACACUGGGACCCCAAAAUUGCCGCCAGUUAUCCGAGAGGAAGGCACAUGCCCCCGGAGGACAUCGCGUCCAGUUUCUAUCCUGAACUGGGGCCAUACAGCUCGAGGGACCCCGAGGUGCUGGAGUCGCACAUGGAACAAAUUGGAGCAGCGGGUGCAGGUGUGCUGGUGCUGUCGUGGUAUCCUCCGGGCUUGGCUGAUGACCAUGGAGAGCCCACUGAAGACCUGGUACCAUCAAUCCUGGAUGCAGCCAUCCGGCAUGGUUUAAAGGUGGCGUUCCAUAUCCAGCCCUACAAAGGAAGAACUGACCAUAGUGUUCAUGAAAACAUCAAAUACCUCACUGACAGGUAUGGCGAUCAUGGGGCUUUUUACCGCUUCACCACCAGUAAUGGAAAAGCACUGCCUCUUUUUUACAUCUACGACUCAUACCUCACACCUCCAGAGGCCUGGGCGGAGAUGCUGACUUCCACGGGCUCGCACAGUCUGCGUGGGACCCCUUACGAUGGGAUCUUCAUUGCCCUCAUCGUUGAAGAGCGGCACAAAAAUGACAUCCUUGCAGGGGGUUUUGAUGGGAUGUAUACUUACUUUGCAUCCAAUGGCUUCUCCUAUGGCUCCUCGCAUCAAAACUGGAAGGGCAUCAAGACCUUUUGUGAUGGCAACAAUCUGUUGUUUGUGCCUAGCGUGGGGCCUGGUUACAUCGACACCAGCAUCCGGCCCUGGAACAACCACAACACUCGCAACAGGGUGAACGGUCGAUAUUAUGAAACCGCCCUACAGGCGGCACUGAAUGUGCGGCCGGAGAUCGUCACCAUAACCUCUUUCAAUGAGUGGCACGAGGGCACGCAGAUUGAGAGAGCAGUUCCUAAAAAGACUGUCACGCGUUUGUACUUGGACUACCAGCCUCAUGAACCUGAUCUCUAUUUAGAGCUGACUAGAAGAUGGGUUGAACAGUUCAGUAGAGAGAAAGAACAAUGGCUUAUGUAAAGGGUGCAUUCGUUUGAGGCUGCUCACGGAACUGUGGGGGGUGUGCUUUCGUUUGUUUGAGAGAUUAGGUUAUUAAAUGAGCAGUCCGACUCCAAACUCAAGGACUUUUUAAAUGGAGUAUGUGCUACAACAGAUGUCUUCAAAAAAGUCUGUUGAGUGACCAGACCUCCUCCUCCUCAUCUUUUGAAAUAAUCAUAUGUUACAUAAAAUGCAUGGACAGAGACUCACUUCAGUACACUAAGGAAAGACGCAGUGUCUUGGAGGCCAGGAGAUCUUUCAAUGACAUAGGUCUUUCUCCAGAUUUUACAUGAUGCUGUACUUAAUGUAACUGUGCAGAUAUUGACUCCCCUCCAUUAAAAUAAUGGAUUGAUUUCC